AUGGCUGCCAGGAGCCGCUUUCAUCCCGAGGGCAAAGACCAUGAUCGACCUGAGAGCUUCACUCUUCGCCGCUCCAACACGUACAAUCUACUCGUCGGCCGGUGGAAGUCAUUUCGUCGCAGGCGCAUAAUCCUUGUCCUGCUCUUGGGAUGGCUGCUGUACCUCUUCUUCAAGCACAUGCCUACAGACCUCCCUCCAGUCUCGGAACGAUAUGAUCGCCGCUAUGGUCGACUUGGUGGAGGUGCGCCCGACGCUCACGAAAGCGAAUCCCAAACCCCGCCCCAGGCUGGAGAUGUAUAUGAAGGCCCCAUAAAAUUCUAUGCAUUGGCGGGUACGGUAGAACCGCAUACGUGGAUCCAGGAUCCCAGAGCCAAUGUUCUUUUCGCUGUCAGCGACUUGAAAAGCGUACCUCAAUUGCUACCUAUCGCGUGUUCAAUGGGGCAGCACAAUAAAACCCGAGUUCACCUAGCCUUCAUGGGCCGUCAAGGUGCUAGCUGGAAAGAGAUACGGGAGUUGAAUGGCAUCACCGAGUCAGCAUGCGAUGUAUACCUGCACGAUGCCCGCCCCGACUAUGCAAGUCUAUCAUCUGCUGCGAGAUUGGAGGUUAGUGCCAGAGCGAGCUUGGGCCAUAUUCAUUCUGCGCUGCGCCUACAUGCAGUCAUACUCGCCAGCAGCGACGAGGAACAUUUCCUCAACGCCAUUAGAGACAAGACAUCGUCGCUGGAUCUUAGUCUGAUCGACAUGCCGACUGGCGGUUGGCAGAGCCUAUCCUGGAUCUCAGCGUUGGACUCCGCCUCGCUGUCACAAUUCAACAAGAUCCAGAUUGAUAUUGUCAUCCAGGCCCAGCAAGAUUCCUCAGCAUCCCUGAUGCGACUUCUACGAUCUGUCAAGGACGCCGACUACACGGGAUGGACUCUUCCGAGGCUGACAGUUGAGCUCCCCAACAACGUUGACUCAUUCGUGGCGAGAUAUUUGGCGAACUUUCGAUGGCCGGCCGAUGGUACAGCGAGCGAGAGCAGACUGAUCGUCAGGCAUAGGCUUGACGCACGGCUCAUGUCGCCCGUACAGGCGUCGAUGCGAACGAUAGAAUCUUUCUAUCCACAAGCGCCUCGCACUACCCAUGUUCUACUGCUCUCGCCGGAUGUCGAGCUCUCUCCGAACUAUUUCCAAUUUCUAAUGUACUCCGUGCUCGAGUACAAGUACGGUGCAGGAAACCCAAACUUGACCAAGCAUAUGAUGGGUAUCUCCCUGGAACUGCCACCUGUUGGGCCUGACUUGAAGACAAAGGCGCCAUACGGAUCCCAUCUCGCGGAGCCAUGUGUCUUGUGGCAAGCGCCAACCUCGAACGCGGCGCUGUUUUUCGGAGAUCGGUGGAUUGAAUUGCACACCUUCCUAUCCUACCGUCUUCUCUUGGACCCAGAACUGGGACAGAAGACACCGUCUUCACCUAGCUUGUCUCAUAAGUUUCCGAGCUGGCUGCAGCCUGUGCUCGAAAUGAUGCAGGUGCGGGGUUAUUACAUGAUGUAUCCGACCUUCAUGCUCAGGGAAGGGUCAUCGGCCCUUACGGUGCACCGUGAAUUGGCACAGUCGCCGGAGGAGUUCAUGAUGGACGAGGGAACCGUGAAGUCUGAUAGUAAGCCGACGAAGGUCGAUUUGGCUGGAGACAGAACACUCACCGCGGACGAGGAGAUUGCGCUGCUGAUGAAGGCCGAGCACAGAGCGUUUCCAGCGUCGCUUGUCACCCCUUUUGUGGAAGCGGUGAGCGGAAAAGGUGUGCGUUCGGCUCAGUCAGCCAUUCCGCUGCUAUCCUUCCACGGUGAACAGCGGGACUGGACGUAUACGUCGACUAUUGCACGGAAAGCGGCGGAGGAAUUUGCAGUCUCUGUGGGUGGGUGCAAGGAGUACGACUCGGACGCAAAGGAUGACAGCAUCACAUCUCUCUUCUGUUUGCAGGCCUCAUGA